GCUGGCAGUGGCCACUGCUCAACGCCAAGUGACGACCGCCAAAACGUGCUCCCCACUACCAAACGACGACAACCGAACCUCCUAAAAGAGUUCCAAGCCAUUGGCGUCGGAGACGAGGCCGCAUCCCGGGAGAGCGCACCCGGCAACCCUUGUCCCCUCGAUAGCUCUCCGCUCAGUCCUUUACCGUCCCAUAUCCACCAUGUCGGCGACGCUGUACCGGCUCGCCGGCCGCAGCGCCAAGAGACUCUGCACCCGGCCCCGUGCGUCGCCAUCACCAGCAGCAGCUCUCGCCAGUUCCAUCAUCUCACACCCCGCGCGUGCCUUCUCCGCCUCGGCCCUCCGCCGCUAUGCUGAGCCUCAAGAGUCCCAGGGCACGCGCCUGGUCCCAACCGGUCCCGACUUCUCGAGCGCCGCCGACCCCUACGGGCUCGCCUCGAGCCUGCCCGAUGGCCGAUCACCCAGCGAGACGAAAAAAUCCCGCGACGAGUCGGUCGAGGACCGCAAGGUGCGCCACUACACGGUCAACUUUGGGCCCCAGCACCCGGCCGCCCACGGCGUGUUGCGCCUGAUCCUCGAGCUCAACGGCGAGGAGAUCAUCCGGGCGGACCCGCACGUCGGCCUGCUGCACCGCGGCACCGAGAAGCUGUGCGAGUACAAGACGUACCUCCAGGCGCUCCCCUACUUUGACCGCCUCGAUUACGUCUCCAUGAUGACCAACGAGCAGUGCUUCUCGCUGGCCGUCGAGAAGCUGCUCAACAUUGAGAUCCCCGAGCGCGCCAAGUUCAUCCGGACCAUGUUCGCCGAGAUAACGCGCAUCCUGAACCACCUCAUGUCGGUCCUGUCUCACGCCAUGGACGUCGGCGCCCUGACGCCCUUCCUGUGGGGUUUCGAGGAGCGAGAGAAGCUGAUGGAAUUCUAUGAGCGCGUGUCGGGCGCCCGCCUCCACGCCGCUUAUGUCCGCCCCGGCGGCGUCCACCAGGACAUUCCGGUCGGCCUCCUCGACGACAUCUACCAGUGGGCGACGCAGUUUGGCGACCGCAUCGACGAGACCGAGGAGAUGCUGACGGACAACCGCAUCUGGAUCGAGCGUCUCAAGGGCGUGGGUGUCGUCAGCGCCGCCGACGCGCUCAACCUGUCCUUCACGGGCGUGAUGCUGCGGGGGUCCGGCGUUCCCUGGGACAUACGCAAGAGCCAGCCGUACGACGCCUACGACCAGGUCGAGUUCGACGUGCCCGUCGGCGUGAACGGCGACUGCUAUGACCGCUACCUGUGCCGCAUGGAGGAGUUCCGCCAGUCGCUGCGCAUCAUCCACCAGUGCCUCAACAAGAUGCCCGCCGGCCCCGUCCGCGUCGAGGACUACAAGAUCUCCCCGCCGCCCCGCGCCGCCAUGAAGGAGAACAUGGAGGCCCUCAUCCACCACUUCCUGCUCUAUACCAAGGGCUACGCCGUCCCGCCUGGCGACACCUACUCGGCCAUCGAGGCCCCCAAGGGCGAGAUGGGCGUGUACGUGGUCAGCGACGGCUCCGAACGUCCCUACCGCGUGCACAUCCGCGCCCCGGGCUUUGCCCACCUCGGCGGUUUCGACCACAUCUCGAGGGGUCACCUGCUGGCUGACGCCGUGGCCGUCAUUGGCACCAUGGACCUGGUGUUCGGCGAGGUCGACCGGUAGACGCGGGUGAGCAAAAAAAGUAAAAUCAAACGGGCAACGACUCAAAAACGCAUCGCGAAUUGGGAAAAAAAAAAGGCCGGUCGGUGAGAAAAGCAUUGCGGUGCGGGUUGCUGCGUGGCCCCGGGUCUGAAUAGAUAGAUGAGGCAAGCCAACCUUGGUAAGGGGGGUAGGGGGUUGGAGUUUUGAGAUGCCAGUGGUCAAGUGGAACGAGACAGCUCGUUCUUGUCGUCGACGCGCCGUUUCGUUUGUAAAUGCUGUAUCAUAAGCCGGGGGUAGGCGGGAGUGUGUUUUUUGAGCGUCGGUCCGUGACAGGGUGAUGCGCCAGACAAGACCGUUCCUCUUUUUCUGUUCCUCCCCUUGCCCCGGCGACGAGACGUAAAUAUCCUUUAGUUCUUUACACGGUUCUACUGCUGCUGUUGUUGUGCGCGUCUGUCAGCCGCUGCG